ACACAUUCGAGCUCUGUUAUGAUAUUAUGUAUAAAUUGGUGUAUUUUUAAGUAUUGAUAAGUAUUUAUUGAAUUCUUAUGAUUUUUAAAUAAUUUAAUAAAUUAUAAAAGAAAAAAUAUCAAAGCGAUUAUGUUUACCAAAAAUGUAUACUCGUAUUUGUCUAAUUCUUUUAUAAAAAGACAAGUACACGCUAAUGCAAAUUUAAUAAGCAAUUGCGUUGAGGUUAUAAAUCGGAAUCCACGAAAUUUAGAACGUUUACGAAUAGCUCAGAAGCCUCAAGGAUAUCAUCUCGAAAAACAAUUUCGUAAUUUCUGGCAUAAAUUAAAAAUUACACCACAUAAACGUUACGUAAUUGGUGAAAUAGUACAUUUUGAGAAUGGUCCUGUCAUUUCUGUGUCAACUAAUGAAUGGGCGCUAAAAAAACAAUUGUACAGACAAUAUGAUAGUAUGGCAUAUAUUGCCUUGGGACAAGUGUUAGCACUGCGUUGUCUAGAAAGUGGAAUAUGUGAACUUCAUUAUGAUGAGAAUCCCAGUAAUAAGAUAUCAUUAUUAUUAGAGCAAUUAAAAAAGAACAAUAUUAUCCUUCGUGAACCUGAAAGAUAUAUCCAUCCGUAUCCGUGGAGUUUAUUCCGACCAGAGAAACCAUGGGAAACUCAGGAAUAACAUGUACGCAACCAAAGUUAAUUCUUUUUUAAGUAAAUAUUUUAAACUAUGGUCAUAAAUAGAAAAGGUGCUUGAUGCCAUUGUAACGUAUUCGGAUAAAAGAAAUAAAACAUUUUUUAAUUGUUACAUAGACGUAAUAUAACAUAAAAUAAAAAUAUAUAUUUAAUUAUCUUUAUUUCUAUAAUAAAAAUUUUGCAAAAUAAUAUACAUAAGAGAGAAUUUUUAUAGAUCUUUUCAAACUAUGCAAAUUUGUAUCAAACGCAUGGAUUUGGAAUGUCUGAGAACAAUAAAUUAUUCAGUUGAUCGUUUAU